CCUCACAAUAUUUAAAGAUAAUUCGAGAGAUUACAAAAGUCUGUGUAAAUUAAUAAUUACUGCUUGAUACAGUAAUAGUGUAAUUAUUGACAAGAUUUUCUAACGUCAAUUAUAUUCUUUGAAAGUCUUUGGUGAUUACUAAGAGUGCGAUAUUACGUGGUCAUUACAAUACUCAGAUUAUGCUGUGACAAAAGAAUGAAUGGGAAAUAUAGAUUAUUAUUCCUAUUUUUAAUAGUUGUUAUCAUUUAUAAAUGUUUUCAACACUUCGCAAUCUUUUCAUCUGACGAAGAGAAUGAAAUUUACGCCGAUAUUGAAACAAUCCAAAAAGUGAAAGUGUCAGUGUAUUAUGAAGCGCUAUGUCCAGAUUCAAAGUUUUUCAUCGUUCAUCAGCUCCUACCCGUUUAUAACGAUUUGAAAGAUUAUAUAACACUUGAUUUUGUACCAUAUGGAAAAGCAAAGACUGUGGAAAGUGAUGGAAAGAUUAUGUUUUACUGUCAGCAUGAUGCCGUUGAAUGUUUUGCUAAUAAGAUUCAUGCUUGUGUUAUUGAUUUAGUGGAGGAUCCUCUUCUCACAGCAAAAUAUAUAGAGUGUAUGAUUAAAGAUAACAUGAUACCAGAUGAUGCAGGAGAAAAAUGUGGACAAGAAUUAAAAAUUGAGUAUACUCCAAUUGGCGAAUGCGCCAACGGUGACCGUGGAACCGCUCUUUUAAAAGCCUAUGGAGAAAGGACACAUUCCCUUAUUCCUUCAGUUAAGUUUAUUCCCACUAUUGAACUCAAUGGCAGCCAAACCAUUGUGCAGCAAUCUGCUAUCUUAAAAAAUCUCCUAACCUCAGUUUGCCAACUAUUUCAAAAAAAGCCCAAAAGCUGUGGCUAAAUUUAAAGUACAAAUUUUUCAUAAUCAAAAUCACACGUGAAACAGCUGUUAAAAAACAAAAUAGUGCAAUUCAACAAUUUCUUUGUGUUUACUUAUUUAUUUGCAUUUAUUUUAUUUGUGAUAAUUGCUGUCAACCAUUUUUCCUGUGUGAUGUGGGUUUAUGCAACUUUUGGUCAUAUGAUCACUUUACAUUGUGUGAAGAUCUGACUAAUGCUUAAUAUGUUUUGUGAUGAUAUUAGCAAUGUUUGUGGUUGUACAGGGUAUAACAAAAGUGUGGAAAAUCUAGUGUUUUUUAACAGAACAGAACCUGUAUUAAAAAAUUCAUGACUUGUUCAUAACAUUUUUUUUAUAAUUGUGUUCAUAAGGUAAGUCCACCAACAUCGUAGAAUUCCGAAGAAAAUGAAAAGUCAGGUUAAGUUUUGUCAAGGUAAUUUUGUACUUAAAUAGACCAACUUCAUUACAGGUAAGAAAACAGUGUUCUAUAUUUUUGAUAGUGCGCAUGCGUACUGUUAUAAUUGUCAUGUAAUUCAUGUACCUUGGAUAUUUAAUGUACCUAAUUCCUCGUAUCACACAGGAAUUUCUGUUAUGUAACACAAUGAACACAAAAUUCUUCUACACACUCGUGUGGUGAAGUACAAUUUUAAUUUUAUCGAUUUUGAAGUGACAAUUUAAGUGUGUAAUCUAAAAGCUGUGUUUCAUUUGAAACAUUCCCUAAAUUUUUCCAUAUUAGAUCGUUCUCAGUAAAGAUAAAAAACAAUACGAGGUUAUCAGCACUCUCUGGACGAUAAUUCUGAAGAUAUUUGCACUUUUAUCGGUGAUAUUGAAAAAAUAUUGUCGCCAUUUUUAAAUAUGGAAGAUUAUCAUUCCACACAAAACUUUUGAUUUGCCUUCGUGCGAAAAAAGCAUAAAACAUUGAUUACCAUUUUAAUCCAAUUAUACAAGGUGUUUUGAUUUUCAAAAUGUCGUUUUUCUCUAGUUUACUAAAUAAAAUGUAACAGUAUAAACUUUCUCGAUACGCUUAUUUUGGUUCUUUUCCCGUUGGCGUAAAAUUAACGAAAUUGUUCUUUUUAAAAACUGAACAAAAUUUUUUUGUUAUUCCUGUCUCUGCGACAAAGAAGAAAAUUAAGCCGACUAAAAUUUAUACUGUUUUAAGGUAAAUUAUAGAAAAAGAGAAUUUUUAUAAAAAUAGUUGUGUGUAAAGUGGAUUAAAAUAUGUUCAGUGUUGUAUGGUUUUUUAAAUCCAAAACAAAUGAAAUGUCUUCUGCAUGAUAAUUUCCAAUUUUAAAAAAGGGCGCGAGUAAGUGAAAUGUCACUAUAGAAGUACUUCCGUAGACGCAGCCACAGAUAUUUUAUUCAUAUUUAUUGCAAAUAAGACUGAUAUAAAAUAUAAUCGUAAAUUAACAAUUUUUUGUUAAAAAAAAAUCAUUGCAGCUGGUGGUUGAGUCAAAACAUUAAAAUGUCAUUACAAUAGUCUGUGAAUAAAAGUCCCAAUAUUUUCGCGAUUAUUCCGAGCAUGCUAACACCUCAUAUUAUUUUCCUUUUCGUGCUAUAAAGUUUUGCGAAACACUAUUGUAAAAAAUGAGUUUUAAUGUGGACUGAACAGGGCUUAACUAUUAAACAAUAAAUUCAGUCAAAUUUAAAAUAUAUUCUUGAUACACAAUAUAAGUGAAAAAUAUUGUCCCACAUAUCACUUUUGACGCAAGAAUAAUUACCGUUUUAGUUAUUUGGCGCGAAAUUUGACUUACAUAUUGUUUCGACUGAGAUUUCUGUAAAAAAAAGCUCUCUAUCCUAAAAUUAGACGUGUGUAGAACUUAAACGCUAUCUAAGUGAGAUAACCAUAACGCAGUUCCUAGAGAAUGUAAAACUAUAAACAAAGAGACAACGAUCAAAUAAAAGCACACUCAGUGUAGUGAUUUAGAAAUAAGGUCCAUAAAUUUGUCACCAGGUGAUAACUGGGAUAAAAAAUUAAUUACACGACUCCAAAUAUUCAAUAAUUUUCAAAGUAGAGGUACUCGAUUCCACACUUUUGUUACGUGGUGUUUUUUUUAUUGUUCGGUUGGAAACAAUAGACUUGAAUUAAAAAUAAUGUAUAUAUAACAUCCGUCAACAUUAAGUGGCGAUGUUUGUCCAAGAUUAAUUAUUCAUAACUAUUUAUAGUUGCUAAUUUAAUGUAAAUUAUGUAUUUGUAAACAAAAAUAAAUUUUUUUUGGUACUA